CUAACUUCACUUGCUGAGCGUCACGCUAAAAUUUGCAGCGAGUUGGAAAGCUUCACUCGCGAAGAUGGCGGAAGAGACUCAGGUUCUUGUGAAGUUUGUAACAAAACUUCCAGCGCAUUUGAGAGUGCCGGAGACGCCAGUGGCGGUUCCCUCGGACCUCAAACGCUAUGGCCUCUCUCAAAUUAUCAACCACUUGCUGGCGCUUGACCCGCCACGGCCCUUCGACUUCCUCAUUGACGGGGAGCUGGUCCGCAAGUCGCUGGAGCAACACCUGCUGGCGCACAACCUGUCGGCGGAGAGCACGCUAGAGGUGGAAUACGUUCCUGCGGUUGUUCCUCCGCAGCAGAAGAACUCUACCCCGCACGACGACUGGGUGAGCUCGGUGGACGGGUCCCGGUGCGCGCCGGCGUCGUCCUCGGGCGGCUCCCCCAGCGGCGUGGUUGUGUCGGGCAGCUACGAUGGACUGCUGCGCCUGUGGAACGGCGACUUGGAAGCGGUGGCGUCAGUGUCGGCACACGCGGGCGGUGUCAACUGCGUGCGCUUCCUGCCUAAGUCACAGGGUGACCUGUUGCUGACGUCAGGGAAGGACCGGCUGGUCAAGAUGUGGCAACUGGAGUCCUCCUCCGAGGAGGAGGACGCCGGCCCCAGCUGCCGCCUGGUGGCGACCUACCGCGGCCACGAGGACGGCGUGGAGGCGGUGGCGGCCAGCCCCAGCGGCCGCCGCUUCGCCAGCUGCGGCUGGGAUGGGAAGCUUCUGGUGUGGGAGGGAGGGCGUGCGGUGGCGGAGGCGGCGGAGGCGGACGAGGCGGCGGGGACGGCAGAGGCGAGCAAGAAGAAGCGCAAGACGGGGACAGCCAAUGGCUCGGCGGCCGCGGGCGCCGGGGGGUUGACUAUUGCGGAGCCUAGCGCUGACCUUCGUGGCCACCUGCACUGCGUGUCGUCAGUGGCGUGGCCCGCUGAGAACUCGUUGUUCAGCGGCGGCUGGGACCACUCGGUGCGGCGCUGGGACGUCUCCAGCGGCGCCGCCGCGGACACCUACAACGGCUCCAAAGCGGUGCUGUGCAUCGCCUCACACGCCGCCUCGCCCGCCCUGGUGGCCUUCGGCUGCUCCGAUCGCGCGCUGCGGCUGUGGGACACGCGCGGCAAGGCCGGCAGCGACGCGCUGGCGGUGACGACGCAGGGCGCGCACGGCGGCUGGGUGACGGCGGUGGCCUGGUGCCCCAGCAGCCAGCACCACAUCGCCAGCGCCAGCCACGACGGCACCAUCAAGAUGUGGGACAUCCGCACGCAGAUCCCGCUGGGCAUGCUGUCGCACCACACCGACAAGGUUCUGGCGCUGGGCUGGCUGGGCGGCGCGGAGGCGGGGCACGCGCGCGGCCUGGUCAGUGGCGGCGCCGACUGCCAGCUGCGCAUGUACGAGAGCGACUACAUCGUGUCGUGAAAGUAGAGAGUGGCCUCUGCUCAAAGCCCCUGCGCGAGAAAAUGACAAUUCCGUGAGCGUGGUUGACGAGAUGGGCUGUGUUGCUGCGCGUUCGGGUGGAGAGGGCGGAGGCGGUGAAGAGGCGAGCGCCUUGCGCUCGCUGCUAGGCCGCCAGGGUGGCGGUCGCUAGUAUGGUGGCAAGUGAUUAUGCGUGCGCAUAGCCGCAUAGGCCAGGUGUUAGAGUGAAGCUGCUUGCGUACGCGCAGGUAGAGUGGUAGACCAUUAGAAGGCCUGGGCCUGGUGUAAUGGCGUCAGGCGCACGCCGCACGGAAACAGCCUGCCAGCUGGGGCGCUUCUACCGCAUUGUAAGGACAUGACUAA